GCUCACAGCCCUGAUUCUUACAGGUCUCAGGACCCAACCACUGUCAGCUCCCCUGCCUUGAAUCACGGUAUCACCAUGGAACAUCUCUGUGGCUUGCUCACUGGCCACAAGAAUCCUGUUCCACUGAAGAGCAUUGCUGUGGCCUUGUCCAUCCAUGACUUUGUGGCUGGUGUGUCUGCAACCUUAAACUACGAGAACGAGGAGAAAGUCCCUUUGGAGGCCUUCUUUGUGUUCCCUGUGGAUGAAGACUCUGCCGUCUAUAGCUUUGAAGCCUUGGUGGAUGGGAAGAAAAUUGUGGCAGAAUUACAGGACAAGACAAAGGCCCAUGAGAACUAUGAGGAUGCCCUCACCCAAGGUCACCAGGCUUACUUAUUGGAAGAGGAUGACUCAUCAAGGGAUGUCUUUUGUUGCAAUGUUGGGAACCUCCAGCCAGGGUCAGAGGUAGCAGUCACAUUGAGGUAUGUGCAGGAGCUGUCCCUGGAAGCAGAUGGGGCCCUGCGCUAUGUGCUCCCGGCAAUCCUCAAUCCUAGAUAUCAGCUUUCUGAUAAGCCUUCAGAAAGUAGCCUGCAGAUGAAGACUCCUAUGGUCACUUCGGAGGACCUGCCUUAUACCCUUAGCAUGGUUGCCACCAUUAGCUCACAGCAUGGCAUUGAAAGGGUCCAAUCCAACUGCACUUUGUGUCCUACUGAGUACCUGGGAGAGGAUAAGACUUUUGCUCAGGUUUCCUUGGCUGAAGGACACAAGUUUGAUCGGGAUGUGGAACUCCUGAUUUACUAUAGUGAGGUGCACAGACCAACUGUAGCUGUGGAGAUGGGGAUGCCUGAAAUGAAACCAGAUAGUCUGAUGGGUGCUCCUUCUGCCAUGGUGAGUUUCUACCCAGAUAUACCAGAAGUCGAGACCUCAAGGACCAGUGGAGAAUUUGUGUUCCUUGUGGACCGCUCUGGAAGCAUGGAGUUACCCAUGAGUAAUCACGACACUUCUCAGCAGCGCAUAGAUGCUGCUAAGGAAACACUGAUUCUUCUGCUGAAGAGUUUGCCUAUGGGCUGCUAUUUUAACAUCUAUGGGUUUGGGUCUUCCUUUGAAACAUUAUUUCCGGAGAGUGUGAAGUAUACUCAGGAAUCCAUGGAGAAGGCAGUGGACAGAGUAAAGCUUAUGUCUGCAGAUCUAGGAGGCACUGAAAUCUUGAAACCACUCCAGCACAUUUACAAGGCACCCCCUAUCCCUGGCCACCCCCUUCAGCUUUUUGUCUUCACAGAUGGAGAAGUUGUUGACACAUUCAGUGUAAUUAAUGAAGUUAAGUGUCACAGCAAGAAGCACAGAUGUUUUUCAUUUGGCAUUGGAGAAGGAGCCUCCACCAGCUUAAUAAAAAGCAUUGCACGGGUAUCAGGGGGCACUUCAGAGUUUAUCACAGGCAAGGACCGCAUGCAGUCCAAGGUUCUCAGGACCCUGAAGUUUGCUCUGCAAUCUACUAUAGAGGACAUCUCUUUGAGCUGGGAUUUGCCUCCUGAUCUUUCAGCUAGCAUCCUUUCUCGAGAACAGACUGUCCUGUUCAGGGGUCAGAGGGUAAUCAACUAUGCCCAGCUGACUGGGAUAAUGCCACAAGGGGAGGCCUCAGGAAAAGUAUGCCUCAGGUACACCCUCCAGGGCAAGAGUUUUGAAGAAAAUGUGACAUUUUCUCUACAAGCCAAAGCUGAUGCAAACUUCACCAUUCACCGUCUUGCUGCAAAGACCUUGAUUCAGAGCAAAGACCUGGGUUCCUAUGAGACCUCAGAAGGAGAUAAAGAAGAGGUGUUGAACAUCAGCACUCAGUCUGGAGUCCUCAGCUCAUUCACGGCUUUCAUUGCCAUAAACAAGGAACUCAACCGACCAGCGCAGGGACCCCUCGCUCACAGGGAGAUCCCAAGACCCAUGCUUUGUGCAGUGCUCUGUGAAAGUAUUGAAUCUGAAGAGUCUGGAUUUUUAUGUUCCUCGAUGAGUGCGCUUGAUGAGGAUGUGGUACUCCAACAAAACGAAUUACUCUGUGGAGGUUCUGGACCAAAACAAUUCCCAGUUCUGAAAACAACUAAGAAAAAGAGAUCCAAGUUUUUCAGGCAGAAAUAUGAUGAGAUGGAAGAUACAGAAUUUUCCACCAACAUGGACAACUUGCAAAAUGACCACAAAACUUUUGGAGAGAAUGAAAUGGUGCAGCUGGUUUCUCUCCAAAAGGCAAAUGGCUCAUGGGACCUAGAUGAAGAUCUGGCCAAGGUCCUGGGUACCAGUUUGGAAGACAUGCAGUUUGCACACCCUGCCAAGCUUGUGGACUCCUCAGGCUGGGCCACAGUGCUGGCUGUGCUGUGGCUACAUACUAAUGGCAAGGACUUGAAGUGUGAGUGGGAGCUUCUAGAAAGGAAGGCAGUUGCCUGGAUUCGAGAGCAUGCAGGUUCUGCUGUGCCUGUGCUUGUGGAAACUGCCAAUGCUUUCCUGAAGUCAUCUGUGGAUCCUGCUGUCUUUACCUCCUGAGGACACAGCCAUGAGAAGAGGUGUGCCUCCUGGCUAUGGCCACGGGCCUCACUUUCCCCUUGGCUGUGAUGGGGGUUUGUGUUUUACUUUUGUCCUAUCUGUUGCCAUUAAAAAUAAAAGUUAAAAAUGCCACCUUGUGCAUCUUU